UGGGAGUUAGGGUAGAGAUAGGCCUCGAAAUUUCCAGCCUUUUGUGUUCUACUGGUGUGUCAGCAAUAUUAUCCUUCUCUUACUGAUAUUUACAUGUCGAAUAGCUUAUAAAUCUAUCAGUGAAGCCCAACCUCAUCUGUUAAAAAGGUUAAGGGGAAGAUAAUGGGAAUUUUGAACAAGUUUGAUGUUGCGCCAUGCUUCUUCCGACUCUUCCACCAACAUGAUGAUUGAUGAUGAAAUCUAAAAAAGAAUCAACCCCAAAGAUUGUACCCUAUUAUUUUAAGGUAAGCAAAAAGUAAGGCCACUGCAUUACAUAACCAAUCUAUUUAUAUUUAUAUUUAUAUGUUUUGAUGCAUUAUAGAAUAUAGAUUUGUACAAUGAAAUUAAUAAUUUAAUUUAUAUGUAUUUAAGGACUUUUGGGAAAAUCCUUCCCCCCCGCCCCUAUUCCUAGGGUAGGAUGGUUCAAGUUCAAAUUGUCUGCUUCUAGGCUCUCGGUCCAUGGCCCAAUGGACCCGAUAAAACAAAAGAUCCGUAUCCACUAAAAUUGAGUUGCGACUUGCGCGUAUUAGUUGAGGUUCCGUAGUCUGGUUUUUCAAAAACAUCCGGCAAAAUGGUCGCCAGUAGGAUGGUUCGCGUUGCUUCAGCCGCUAAUGGAGCUGCUCGAUCAUGUUCUUCUUCUUAUGCAGAAUCUACUCCAAUAGGUAACUUGGAGAAGGCUAAAAGUCUGUUUCUUGAGAUGUUGGAUCAAGGUGUGCAUCCUAAUGUGAUCACUUUCAAUGUGUUAAUAGAUGCACUCUGCAAGAUGGAGAAGUUCGAAGAAGCGAAUCAGUUGUUGAAUUUAAUGAUUCAGAGAGGAGUAAAUCCUGAUAUAAUAACAUAUAACACAUUGAUGGAUGGGUAUUGCUUGGCUGGUAAGCUUGAUUUUGCAGGGGAUUUGUUUGCUUCCUUGCAAAGUAAGGAUAAUGGACCAGAUGUUGUUAGCUUUAAUAUAAUGAUCAAUGCUUAUUGCAAAAACUGGAAGGUUAAUGAAGCUAUGAGGCUUUACCGGGAAAUGAUCGCAAAAAGGAUUAAGCCAACGGUUAUCACGUAUAACACCUUAUUGACUGGUCUUUUCCAGGCAGGAAAGGUUGACGAAGCAAGAGAACUGUUUGGUAAGAUGCAGUUCGGUAACAUUGCACCUGAUUCUUGCACGUAUAACAUCUAUGUGGAUGGACUUUGCAAAAACGAUUGUGACUCAGAGGCACUGGAACUAUUCCAUAAGUUAGAAAGUUGCAAGUUUGAAUUUAGCAUUAAGGUGUUCAACUCCCUUAUUUAUGGGCUGUGCAAAACAAGGAAGCUUGAAACAGCUUGGGAGCUAUUUUAUGGAUUGCCAAAUAAAGGCUUGGAACCAACAGUUGUAACUUAUUCUAUAAUGAUCAAUGGGAUGUGUAAGGAAGGGCGACUUGAAAAGGCAAAUGAUUUGUUAAUAGAAAUGGAGGAAAAGGGUUGUGCUCCAAAUGUUGUCACGUUUAACACACUCAUGCAUGGUUUUACUCUGAAGAAUGAUACCCAAAAAGUAGUGAAACUUCUUCAUAAAAUGGUGGAGAAAAAAUUGUCGCCUGAUGCAUCCACUGUUGCCGCAGUUGUAGAUUUACUUUCCAAAGAUGAAGCAUAUCUUGAAACUCUGAAAUUACUUCCUACAUUUCCAGUCCAAGUGCCACCUAAUAAGGCCAGAGUGAAACUUGUUUGCGAGCUUUGAGUGUCAGUCAAAAUCCUUGACUUGACAGAGCUUCUGCAGAGACUUAACAUAUUGAGUGGAGGUUUCAAAAUGUGUUGGCUUACACACAUGUUACAUCACUUUCAUUUGAGUUCAAGCCCGGAAUUAUUAGCAUUCUCACAUUCUGAUACCAAUUCUUCAAUGUUAAUCUGUUGUAAAGUUUAUGGUUUGAAAUCCUGGGGAAAUUGCAAAGGCAGUACGUAUAAAUGUCAAUAUGGUUUGAAGGAUUAUUUGAAGGAAUAGUUGGUUCUGACAAAGUUAUUACAAGAUAGAAUCAUUUAAUUGUUGGUGGGAAAACAUUCAAUGUCUUAAAAGUUGGGAAUUUGGUUGCUUGAUCACAGUAGAAUAAUGUGUUUGUGGAGUAGUUGCUGGCAAACUCAGCUGAGAAACUAAUAUUUCUUCAUGGCAUUUACAUUAUGUAAGCCUGCAAUCAAAUCUUCUCUCAUCUUGGUUCAAGUUCAGAUUAGAAGAACAAAGCCUUCCACAGUGAAGCUGAGUUGUCCUCCAGAAUAGCCCUUCAACCAGAAUGUCUGGGAGGCAUGAAUUUUCUUCCUUGGCAUAAUAUGUAUUAUUAACUAAAUUAUCACUUUGAUACUUGCUCUAACUUUUUAUCA